AUGCUUAUACCCCAAAGCUGCCAGAAGAGCUAUGCUGAUCAGAGGCGAAAGCCUUUGGAAUUCAAAGAAGGAGAACAUGUCUUUUUGAAAGUUACACCAACCACUAGAGUGGGAAGAGCUAUUAAGACUAAGAAACUGAAUCCCCGUUAUAUUGGACCCUUUGAGAUUCUGAAGAGGAUUGGGCCAGUGGCUUAUAGAAUUGCCUUACCGCCAUAUCUUUCGAAUUUGCACGACGUGUUUCAUGUGUCUCAGCUUAGGAAGUACACUCCUGACGCAAGUCAUAUUCUAGAACCGGAACCAAUCCAAGUGAGAGAAGAUCUAACACUUCCAGUAGCUCCGGUAAGAAUUGAUGACACCAGGGUUAAACGAUUACGAGGAAGGGAAGUAUUAUUGGUAAAAGUAGCUUGGAGUCGAGCUGGUAUCGAGGAACAUACCUGGGAGCUCAAAUCAAAUAUGCGAAAAGACUAUCCAUAUCUCUUUUCAGGUAACUAG